AUGGCAUCCAAAAUGAAGGAACGAAAGAGAACGCCCAUCUCUCACAAAGUGAUUGAAAAACGAAGACGAGAUCGCAUCAACCGCUGCCUGAACGAGCUGGGGAAAACUGUACCGAUGGCCUUGGCGAAGCAGAACUCCGGGAAGCUGGAGAAGGCUGAAAUAUUGGAAAUGACGGUUCAGUAUUUGAGGGCUCUCCAUUCUGCAGAUUUCCCGAGAGGAAGAGAGAAGAGCGAGUUGCUGACCGAGUUCGCCAACUACUUCCACUACGGCUACCACGAGUGCAUGAAGAACCUGGUCCACUACCUGACCACGGAGGACCGAGCCGAGACCAAGGACAUCAAAUACGCGCGCAUCCUGGCCUUCCUGCAGUCCAAGUCCCGCUCGGUCGCCGAGCCCGCGUUCGCUUCCGCCGCCGCGUCCGGCCCCGAGCCCUCGGACUACCCGGACCGCCGGCCGCGCAUGUCCCCGGAGCGCCAGAGCCACGGCCCCGCGGAGGCCGCCGCCUACCAGCGGCAGAGUCCUCCGGGACACGUGGCCUGGCACGGCUCGGCCCGCGGGCCCGCCGUUUCGUACCAGCCCGCCGUGGCGUUGAGUGGGCACGCGCAGCAGCACGGCGGCUACUUGUCACCGGUGCAGGGACUCGAACAUCAUCACUACUUCAACUUGAUAGGCCACGCCCACCACAACACCUUCACCUUGCACAGCGCGCAACACGCCAUGUAA